UAGAUCUCUGAGGUGCAUCAACAACCGGCAAGUGCUCUAAUAUUCAUUCGUGCUGCAACCCACAUCGCUUUCUCAGUAACCGUUUAGCGUUUACAACGACAACCGGUUUUUUAACAACUCCGCGCAAGCGCAGUAAACCUUAAACGAAAUUUCUCUCUCUCGCAUCCCAAAGCGCGAUCGCCAUCAUCAUCAUCAUCAUCUAAGCACUAGCAUUUCACGGCCAAACCCGGACGCGACGCAGUGCAUCGUUUGUUUGUUUAGAUUAGCUUAGUCAGUCGUUGCACUUGAGAGAGAUGGCACCGCUCCGAUGGGGAAUUGUAAGUGCCGGUAAAAUUUCGCACGAUUUCACCACUGCGGUGUCCACUUGGCCCAAGGAAGACCACAAGGUGGUGGCCGUUGGCGCGAGGAACCUGCAGGAUGCGAAAAAGUUUGCCAAAGUGCACGACAUUCCCAAGUUCUACGAGGGCUACAUGGAGAUGGCGAAAGAUCCGGAAAUCGAUGUGAUCUACAUCGGUGCCGUGAAUACGACGCAUUACGACAUCGGAAUGAUGAUGCUGAACCACGGAAAACACGUUCUAUGCGAGAAGCCCCUAUGCAUUAAUGAAGGCCAAUCGAAGCAACUGCUGGCCCACGCCGAAAAGAAGAAACGGUUUCUAAUGGAAGCAAUUUGGUCGAGGUUCUUCCCUUCGUACGUUCAUCUGAGAAAACAGGUUGACGGUGGCGAGCUGGGAGAGAUCAAAGAGGUCAACGUGUCGUUCGGGUUCUACCUUUCCGAUGUGGACCGGCUGCGAAUGAAACAGCUUGGUGGUGGAACGGUGCUCGAUUUGGGAGUUUAUACUAUUCAGGUGUGCUUGUGGGCCUUCCGCGAUGCUCCGAACAAGAUCGUCGCCAAAGGUCAACUGAACGAGGAAGGCGUCGAUAUGGAGGUUGAGGCAGAGUUGCACUUUCCGAACGGUGGAAUUGGGAAGAUAAAAACUAGUGCCUUGCGGAAGUUGGACAAUGAUGCGGUUAUAAAGGGAACGAAGGGAAGCAUUACGUUGCACGACUUCUGGUGUCCGGUUUCCCUGACGGACAUCGACGGUUCGGUCAAGCAGUAUCCACUCCCGAAAGCGCCACGCACCUUCAUCUUCCAGAACAGUUGUGGACUGCGCUACGAAGUGGAGGAAGUACGCCGCUGCAUCGGCGCCGGCCGGUUGCAAUCGGAAUCGGUGCCACAUAGCGAGAGUCUACUGAUAGCGCACAUCCAAGACGAGAUAAGAAAGCAGAUUGGCGUACACUUUCCCGAGGACGACAGAUUCAAAGCUUAGGGAGAGUUCUUAUUUGUUUUUCCGUGUGAGGACAGCGCCAGUGACGGUGAUGCACUUCGGUGAUUGAUGAGGAAAAUGAUUAUGGGUUUGAUAAGAUAGGUUUAAUUUGAGAGCAAACACAAUUUAUAUACCAUAUUUAUUUUUGGAAAUAAUGUGAGGUGUUUUAGAAAUGUAGGCGGUAAUAAAGGAUACAAUUUAUAUAUGAA